AUGGAAUUAAUGAAUGGCUCUACUGUGAACUUCACUGAAGCAUCAGUCAACCUCACAACAUCUGAACACGACAUGCUAACAAUUUUUGCACUGAGCUUUCAUUUCGUGUUCGGUUUUCUGACACACUCCUAUGUUAUUUGGAUCCUCAUCACAGGAACAGCAAGUGGACUCGCAUCAGAGUUCUUCAACCUCAAUCUCUCUGUCUUUGAGAACAUUCUGUCUCUGAAUUCUUUGUUUAAUUUGUUGACUAUAAGAUUUCCAAACCUUAUAAUAAUUUCACAUUUUUUGAUGGGAGUAGUCAUAUCCGGUCGUCCUCUAUUUCAGUGUCUGAUCUGUGUUGAGCGUUACCUGGCAGUGGUUCAUCCUGUAACCUUUCUGAAGUACAGACCUCUCAGAUAUAGAGUGAUCUGCUGUGCUGUGGUCUGGAUAAUUAGUGUUGGAUUCUGUUUGUUCUCCAUGUUUAUUUUAGUCUUGCUCACUGACCUUUCAUCUACAUGGUUGUGUACUGUGCUGUUCCUUUUCUUCCUCUCCAUCCAGUUGUUUUGUCUUGUGGCUGUUCUCAGAGCUCUGAAGCAGUCAGGACCAGGAGAGAGAGGGAGAGAGAGAAAGGAGGAAAACCACAUGAAGAGAAGAGCGUUUUAUCUUAUUCUAAUAACUACUGUUAGCUUGAUUCUCAUAUAUCUCCCAACUGCUAUCACAGGAUUCCACUGGGUUCUGACUCAAGGGGAUAAUCAAGAGCUCUGGUCAAGCAGCAAAAUUAUUUUUUUUCUGGCUGGUUUUGUGGAACCUAUUCUUUUUUUGCACCGGACUGGAAAACUUUCCUGUCUCUGUUCCUACAACUUUAAAAAUACACUGAUACUGCAAUAA